AUGGAGCCGCAUCAGCCGUUUAGGCCUCGCUGGCCUCGCUGGAAGAGCGGAGAUCUGCGGCCGGUGGAUCGCGCGAUCGUGGAAGUUCCCGUGGCGGAGGAGCUUGUGAAAACCAAGCGCGGCCUCUUCCGUCCGGAGAGCGGCGUCGUGAGGUACAGCGCGCAGGAUUGGGUGAAACUCCGAGCAGAUGCGGAGGAACUUCUCUACAUUAUGAGAAACCAGGUGCCAGCCAAUUGCAGAGAUUGGUCCCUGGCCAUCCUACAGAAGGCGUACCGCUCAUCGUGUCGGCGACAUGGCUCCUGGGAUCGUAUGAAUUUGUGUCUGCACGACUUUGUGUCCCUGUUCCCAAGAACCUUCGAGCUUUUCGGGCCUCACGAGCAGCUCGUUCGCCCAUUUCGGAGCUCGGUCUCCAGUGUGGCCGAUGGCGAGGAGGAAGUCAUGAAGCGCCUGGCAAUGGCAAAGCAGCUGGGUGUCAUUCAGGUUCACACCCCCGUCGGUGGAGGUACCGAGAGGAUUUCAGCGCCUACACCUGAUAUUCUGUACACCUCGGCCAAAGCAUGGUACAUCCCAAGCCGUUCUACGUCACGGAGGUCCAGCGCACGGACCUCCUAUGCCUCGCGACCAACAUCCGCGACGUCAUCAUAUCCAAGCCGUCCAGCGAGUCGACCGCUGUCUGCGCAAACGCGUGGCUCGCCGGCCCGUUGGAUGGCUCAAGAAGGACAUGCUUUCAAACUUCACGAAAGACAUGCUGCUUCAGGUCUUGGAGCAGAUGUGCCUUGA